AUGCAGCUGGCAACUCAACCCAACGGCAAGCGUUCAGCAGUUGACGCCUUUUCCACACUCGGCACCUUUGACUUCAACCCGGGGGGGCUCCAGAAUCAGACAUCACCCCACAAGCGUGCUCGACUUCUUAGCCCGCCGUGCUACUUGACGGACGAGUGCAGCUGGAGUACUGUGACAACGGAUGAUCAAUACCAGCUCAGCACAACCGCCGCCAUUUCCUUUCCCUGUGCGCCGUUAGUAUCCUUCCCAGGCUAUUACAAUCCUUUUGAGGGGAAGGGGGAUGCAGCCUGCUUGUUAUCGACUGUGUCUGCCAGUGCUUCCGGUAGAGACGUUCCAUCAAUACGGGCCCGCCCAGUCCAGUCGUCAGAUACGGGAAAAGGCACACCGAUAAAAAAAUGGGACCUUGAAGGUUCCUGUUCUAGACAGCCUAGCCCUUCAAACUCUAACAAAAAUACUCAUGGGUGGGCCCCUCGUCGUCGGCCUCGUCGUCGGCCGUUUCCAGGGGAGAACGCCUCUCACUUGGCGACCACGUGGGGGGAGACAACUUCCUCCAGGGGGGCAGAGAAUACUAUCAGUGGACGAAGUCAAGAACAAUUAACCCUUGUUACUGCUUCCACGCCCAGUGUCUCAUCUUCCGGUUCUAUGACUGAUGCUUUGGAGUUUUACGACUAUUGUAAUAUUACAUCUCGCAGGUCGUCAUCCGCUUUGAAUUUGAACUUUAUCGAGGAGCAGUUAAAGGCAAACUGUACCGGACCCGGAGAGAAAAUAGCUUAUCAUGAAAACGAUCCAUCAAUCACAGAAGUUGAUCAAGAAUGCCGUGCCACUUCAAUCGAUUUUGAAAUCUCAAGCACUGAACCCGUGAUGGCCAGCAACUGGCUAAUACACCCGGCGGAUCCUAGCUUAUCUAACAUUUUCGACGAUAGCAGUGUAAUCGAAGGGCCACUUGAGGGAAUUGGAUCGAUGAGCCAUGAUGCUAAGAAUACAUCCUCCUUUCAGAUACCGCCAGCUGAUACAUUUGAGUGUUUCACGGACUUUACCUCGGCCAGUUUCGAUUUCCUUCCUCCACAAAAGACUACACAACAACCACCCACCCAUGAAUUGGAAGCUAGAGGAAAUUUGGAACGAGAAGACAAUCAUCUUGGUACUCAGGGCACUCAAUUGAAAAUUUUUCGUCCUGCGAAUAGCGACCGUUUAACCAUGGGACCUCCAUUCCAAAAUAAUAUGGGUCUUGGUUAUGCUGACUUUUGGGGAGUUCCUUCCUUCGAUGGCUGGCAGGUUGUGGAAAGAGAGCUUCCUCUGAGUUCGAUGGCUCUUUCCACUUUGCAAGCUGGCCCAUGUAACUUUCCACUUCUGCCAGCAGUGCCAAAAGAACAACCCCUGGAACGCAGCUCAAAUCCGCAUUCAAAAAAGCCUCCGAUUGAUGCGGCCAUUCGACUGCUAGAAGCGAUACAAAGUCAUGAAAAUUUCGACGAGAGUAGCGCCAAAGAAUACUCAAGUCUCCCGCUUCAAAAUCUACGAGAAACCCCUGCUGUAGGCAAGCCCCUGGCUAGCUCGCGUUUUACUAUUCCAGAUCUUAACACCAGUGAAAAGAACGAGUCCCCACUACUUGUUAUCGUCGAAGACACCAACGAUACCCAGCAAGAGGUUCAAGAAUUUUUGGCAAAAGCAAAUCAACCGUCCAAGGCCCGGAAUAGUAGAAGUUCGAAUGAUUCCUCGACACGCGAAGUCGCGACGACCUGGCAACACACCUUUGUCCCGAAAACCCACUUCACAGAGGCUGGAAGAGAGUCGCCCCCAAAACGUACUGCACAAAAGCUUGUCGGGAGGACACGUCCUUUAUCCGUGGAUGCAAGGACAAAGGCCAAAGAAAUGAGGAAGAUUCGGUCCUGUUUACGGUGUAAAGUAUCGAAAAUUGCGUGUACCCAGGGUGAAAUAUGUGAACCAUGUUUAAAGGUACAAUCACCAUCGUUUCCCAACAAGAUCUGUUUCAGAGCCCAUCUAAAAGAUUACUUGAAUCUCUUUCUACCAGAACAAGCAGUACGUCCAUUCCAAAGGGCAUCAAUUGAUCAACUCGUGGGGAAAAAUAUUUCUGGAUAUGGCGACAAUCGAUUCAAAGUCUCCUUAUCAUCCGGCCCUUGUUACCCACCAAUUCAAGUCACUGUUGGUCGGUUUCGUACUAAAGAUUGGUGCGAUCCAAACUUUUCAGCAGUUAAGAAAAUCGUGUCUGUUGACAAGAGUAAAAAAUUGCGCUUCGUCGAGUUCUACUCCCCCCCGUUUGGUAUCACCGAUUUCAACCAAGAUCUGGAAGGCAAACUCACGAGCCAUAUUCAAGUUAUCGCUAAAGGCGAGAGAAACUAUGGAGAAGUUCUAUAUGGCAACACGUCCGGACUAACAUGGGAUUUGUAUGAGGCUGAUCAACUACUCCGAAAGGCGUUGAUACUCUACGCCAUGCAGUUUUUCAUGACGAAAACUAUUGUGCUGUUACGAGAAGAGUCUGAAGACGCUCUAGAACAUCUUUCUGUCCCCAAUGAGUUAAAUAUGCGGAGGCCCAACCUGCGCAUGAUCAACAUUCAACUCAAGCAUGUGAUGCUCCAUUUGAUUCGCGACGCCUACGCCGAAGUCCUUGAGAAGUUAGAGAAAGAUCUACGACCGAAAGAGCUGAAGUUAUGGGCACCAACAUUCUGCUGCAUCCUGAUUCUGUGUAUGUGCGCGGAGAUGGUGCAGGUUACCUCUGAUCACCGAGUUGUAUGUGCACUAGAUGACAUGUCGAAGUCCCGCGAUGGGAAAGAUAAGAAUGGGAAUGAAGCCUCUCGAGACGCCAGCUUUGACAUCUGUCGUAAGCUUGAUGAUUUGCCUAUUGCGAGCGCUGAGAGCAGCUUCCACGUGAUCUACAAAACCAUCAAGCUUAAGGACGGACCAGGCCCAAAACGUGAACAUGGGUUUAAUCCAAUACGCGAUGGACUUGAUGCUGUGAGAAAGGCUAAGCUAGGCGCGGAUGUGGAAGAGUUUGUGGGUAGGAUUCGUGACGUUGUCGCCAAACACAGUGAGUAUGCCCGCGCAAAACGCUCCAAUGGUUAUAGACAUUAA